ACAUAUUUAUGAACGCAGUGAGCCAGUAGCAGACAUUUGGUAUUGUCGCUGUGUGCGUGAUAAAUACAUCCAGUUCAUGGAGCGAAAAGGUUGAUGUGUGAGGAAGACCCGACGAUUGACCGCCGAUCUCGUGGGAACGACCUUUGUUAUAUACAUAUACAUUAGGCUAAACAAAAAAUCUGGAGUGUAGCCGCACGCGAUGGGAGUCACCGGCCUGUGGCGACUUAUCGAGCCCGUUGGGAAACCAGUGCCAGUCGAGACAUUGGAAAAUAAAGUUUUAGCUGUUGAUAUUUCAAUAUGGUUGCACCAGAUGGUGAAAGGAUACCAAGACGCCAAAGGUGCCCCACUUCCAAAUGCUCAUUUAAUGGGGCUCUUCCAACGACUCUGUAAACUGCUCUACUUCAGAAUCAAGCCAGUAUUUGUGUUUGAUGGUGGAUUCCCAGAUUUGAAAAGGGAAACUAUUGCCAAACGUCAAGAUCACAAAGCUAAAUACUACUCAGAAUCAGAACGGCUUAAACGAGAACUUGCUCUUGUUCUGAGUAAGAAGACCGCAGUUAGUAGUUUAUUGGGCAAGCAGGUUUCUCCCAAGACAAGCACUGUUAAUGAUGUGAAUAAUGAUGACAUUUUUAAGUUACCCGCUUUACCUCAGAGGGAUGAUGAAACUGAAUCAGAGUCUGAAGAAGAGCAUUCAAGCAGUUCAGUUGGUGAUUUGCAUUCUAUAGAUAUGGAAUCAGAAAAUUUUAAGGCUUUGCCAGUAAAAGAAAAGUAUGAACUCUUGAUUGAGUUGAAAGAGACAAGGAAAAUGAACUCUUGGGGGAAACUACAUGAACUUCCAAAAAAAAGUGAUAAUUUCUCUGAUUUUCAGAUGCAGCGGUUGCUAAAAAGAAGAAAGGUACAAGAAUGCUUACAAGAAACAGAAAAAGAAAUGGGAGAUACCGGGAUGUCCCUGAAUGACCUUGAAUCAUUACUUAAUGAAGAAGGAAUUGAUACCGAAAUAGAAAGCUUACCUACCCGUCGUAUCGCUUCUAAUAAUAACACAAGAUUUUUACUCAUUAAUAAUGUUAAGGAAGCUUUAGCUGAAGCUAAAAGAAAGCAGGAAGCAGAGAGCACAUCAGAAACAAGUACACUAGAAGUAAAACCUUCUGGAAGUGAAGAUAAAGUUAUGAAGAAAAGUGAAUUGGAAGAAGACUUAGAAAAAGCUAUAAGAAUGUCUUUACAAUGUGUCAAUGAAACCGACAUAAGUACUUGUAAUUCUAAAACGGAUGAUUCCUGGACCUCAGCAUUGACUGAUACAGACAGUUCUGAUUCUGAAGACGACUUUGAACCUCCAGAUAAUAUGUCUUCAGCCAAAGCUUACAUCAUGCAAUACACGGAUUUAACAAACAAAGCUAUAGAUAACAUCGUAGCGAAAAAUAAAAAUGAUAAAUCUGAAUCCAACAAAAUACCGAAUGCUGAUCAAAUAAUAGAAGAACUUAAAAAAGAAACCUAUGUCGUUGAUAACAUAGAUCUCGCGUCUAGUGACGAUGAGUGCAAACAAGACUAUCAAAAAAAUAGUGAUCAAACAUGUGAAGAAUGUGUUAUAGAAUUAAAUACAACACACGAAAAUUUUCAAACCAAUAUGGAUGCAACUCAAGCCUCAGUUAUGUGUAUAGAAAAUUCUGAGCAAGCGAUUUUAUGUCUUGAUACAAGUUCAGAAGAUGAUGCGAAAAAUUACGAGCAGUUAAAUUGUGAUGCAAAUUUCAAAUAUAAUGAAAAGUCAAGAAAUGAAAUUGUAAAUUUAGAUGAGGAUUUAGAAAGGGCAAUAAGCAUGUCCUUAGAAUGUGUUAAAGAACCCGAACAAGUCGUGUUUGAUUCCAUAGAGUUUGAUUCAAGCUCAAGUGACAUCGAUUUUGAAGAAGUGACGGAAAAAGAGGAAUCACGAAAACCUGUAAUUCAAUUAACUUUGAACGUAGGCGACGCUCCAGAAGACGACAUUUUUGCAGAUAUUUUUCAAGCAAAUAUCGAACCUGCACCUGCUUGUGUAAAAGAGAAAGUCACAGACACUGUAAUAAAGACAGAAAAACAUGUACGCAUUAAUAAAACAGAUACGUCUUUAAAUAGUGAAACAAAUCCAGAAGUUAAUAACAGUAUUGAGCAAGUAAUGUCUUCGUUUAAACUCAAUAUUGAGAAAAAAGGUGCACUGUCUGAGCCUACCAUUAAAAUGAAUGUUGGAGAUGGAACAAAAUCAGAUGCUAAUAAACCUAAAACAGCAUCUCAAGACGCUACUAAGAGCACAGAUGUACCAAAAGCUGCACCAGAAAUAGUCGAAAAAAAAUCAAUAGAGGAAAAAGUCUCCAAUAAGGAUAUUACAGAAAAAACUGUAACAGACAAAUUAAUUGAUAAACCAUCUCGAGAACCAAUAUCUUUAGAACAACUUAACACUAUAGAGGAGGAAUUACAAAGUGCAGAACGGGAUUUAAUUAAUGAAAAGGGGCGAGUAGAUCGUAUAGGUCGCAACAUUACAGAGCAAAUGACCAAAGAGGCUCAAGAAUUAUUGCAAAUAUUUGGUAUUCCGUACAUUGUUGCUCCCAUGGAAGCUGAAGCUCAGUGCGCGUUUCUAGAAAGUGUGAAAUUGACUGAUGGUACUAUAACAGAUGAUAGCGAUGUUUGGCUUUUCGGCGGAAGAACUGUAUACAAGAACUUCUUCAAUCAGAAAAAGCACGUGCUGCAGUUUUUGGCCGAACGUAUCGAGAAGUCAUUCAAAUUAUCCAGGGAACAGUUAAUACUUUUAGCAUUGCUAGUGGGUAGUGACUAUACGACCGGAGUUACUGGUGUAGGUCCAGUAACGGCUUUGGAGAUCCUUGCAUCUUUUCCAUUUAAUAAAAACAUAUUUUUGAGUGAGACUUCAAAACAGGCCCGAUAUGAGCAUGUUAUUGCUGGGCUGCAAGAGUUUAAGAAGUGGGUACAAGCCGGAAAAAGAACUGAUAAUAUUACAUUAAAGAGAAAAUUAAAGAAUGUGCAUUUAACGGAAGAUUUCCCAAGUUCACGGGUAGUCCAAGCUUACCUGGAACCAAAUAUAGAAAAGAACGAAGAUAAAUUCACAUGGGGUGAAUUAGAUAUUACAGUUUUGAGAGAUUAUACAAAAGCUAAAUUUGGCUGGUCACAGAACAAGUUAGAUGAAAUAAUUAAACCAGUAUUAAAACGAAUGAUUGAUCGGAAGAGUCAAAGGAGUGUUCAUGACUAUUUUAAGAGGAAGGUAGAAUUUCAGAAUUUGGAAGACCAGAUGAGUAAACGUGUAAAGGCAGCAGUAGAAAAGAUGGGCCCUGAAAGACCAACUCAAGAAAAUGCUUGUGUUGAUAAUAUGACUGAGAAUGAAUCAAAACCGACCAGGAAGAGGAAAGUUACCAAAAAGGCUGGUAAGGGAAAAGAUCUCGAAAUACCUGGGCCUUCAAUAUCUAAAGUGAUAAAGAGUGCCGAGGACAAAGUAUUUCAUGACCAUAGUGUCAAAGUAGUAUCACAAUUUAUGCAAGAUGGAAAAUCUGAUAUAGAAAUUAUUAUUAAAAAAACUGACCGAGUACAAGAAAUAAUUCCACAAAGGGAGAGAGAAAAGCAGAAUUUGCUGCAAAAUAAAUUAAAGGCCAUCGAGGUAUUCAGGAAAACAAAUAUCGAUCGCCAAAAGAAAACUACGAAACGGAAAAUAAAUUUACCUAAAGAAAAAGCUGAGCUUUCUGAAAGUAGUGAUAGUGAUUAAUUUUA